AUGGUGAACAGAUCUUCCAUUAUGAUCAGCAGGAGCAAUGGCCAGAACGAGGCUCCAAAAUCCCUGGAGCAGCUGCUCGAUGUAUUCUACAAAUCAUCCGCCAGGAACUGCUUGCUCCUGCUCAACGUCCCUCCAAACUCGUUGGGACUGAUCAACGAAUCUGACUUCCAGACGCUGGAGCGGUUUAGCUCCACCAUAGAUUCCAUCUUCAGCGUCAACUUAGCAGCGAAUCCCUUGUCCGUGACAGCAAGCAGCGCUUGCAGCUCUUUGUUCGGGCCGAAGCAAAUCCUUGACGAGCGUAUGGAAACUUUCUGGGCUCCAAUGCAAGGGGAGUCGACCGGCUGGAUCGAGCUUGAUCUUGGCAAGGUCUCAAAGUUCAACGCACUGGAGAUCCGAGAGCCAGUAAACAUGGGACAAAGGGUCAUGGAAUAUCUUGUCGAGGCAUGGGACAGCGUGGGCUGGUACCUGGUGAGCAAUGGUAGCACCAUUGGUUACAGGAAAGUGGAUCAGCUGGAAGAGUAUCAAGUAUGUGCUGCUUGCCUCAUUCGACUACUGAUUGACGCCUUGCGGGGAGAUUCAUUGAUCUGCUUCUUUGGUUUGUACUUCGAUAUGUACAACCUCAGGCACUUGUCUUCUAUUUAG